AUGGGGAAUGAUUGCUCAAGUGCAUGCAAUGUAUGCAAAAAUUCGGAAACUGUUGUAGAUGCAACUUCGUUUCCAAACGAUUUAAAAUAAUAUGAAAACUCUAAGAAUUUAGAUUAUACCAAUGCGUCCAAUCAAUAAUAAUAAUAACAAUCACUAUAAUAACAGAACUUUAGUUAAUUUUAACAUCAGCCUCUCGCGACUGAAGAAGUACAUUCUCCGCAUCCAGAACAGUUUAGAUCUAAUUCAUAAUUACAAUAAUACUUCUCAUAAGCUGACAAAUAAGAAACAACUAAUUAUCAUAAUGAUUAAAACACGCAUCCUGAAAGAAGACCACCCUUUACCUUCAGAAGCGGAGCCAUAUAUGAUGGGGAAUGGAGAGGUUAAGUGCGUGAAGGUUUUGGACUUUAAAUUUGGCCUGAUGGAGCCAGAUAUGAAGGUUAAUGGAAAGAUAAUAAGGCUUGUGGUUAAGGAAAAUUUUGGCAUGUCGAUGGCGACAUUUAUGAAGGAGAAUGGAAAGAGGAUAAGGCAAAUGGUUUUGGAGUUUAUAUACAUGUGAAUGGAGCUAAAUAUGAAGGAUAAUGGAAAGAUGAUUUAUAAGAUGGAAAUGGCCUUGAAACCUGGGCAGAUGGGUCUAAAUAUGAAGGUAGUUAUAAGGAAGGAAAGAAGCAUGGAUUUGGUAAAUACAUUUGGAAUGAUGGGUCUUCCUAUGAAGGUAAUUGGGUGGAUAACAAAAUCUGCGGAAGAGGAAUCUAUUGUUGGACUGAUGGCAGAAAAUAUGAUGGAGAAUGGUUAAAUAAUAAUAUGCAUGGUAGAGGUGUUUACACUUGGAGGGACGGUAGAAGAUAUGAAGGCGAAUAUUAAUAUGACAAGAAACAUGGUUAAGGAGUUUAUAUUUGGGCAGAUGGAAGAAAAUACGAUGGAUAAUGGGCUUAUGGAAAAUAAAGUGGUUAAGGAAAGUAUCAUCUUCCUGAUGGAACUAUCCGUCUGGGUUUAUGGGAAGAUGGAAAAAGAAUUAGAUGGUUGGAAGAAGAUGCAUAAGUGGCGAAAAAUAAUCAUUAACGUUACUGAUCUAACCAAUUUAUUUUUAUUCCAUAUAAAUUUCUAAGAAAAUU